AUGGGAAGUGGUACCUCAGCCCAACAUCACUUUGCUUUCCAGAAUGCAGAGAAAGCCUUCAAGGCAGCAGCCCUGAUCCAGAGAUGGUACCGGCGCUACAUGGCACGCCUGGAGAUGAGGCGGCACUGCACCUGGCGCAUCUUCCAGUCUAUCGAGUAUGCUGGGCAGCAGGACCAGGACAAGCUCCAUGAUUUCUUCAGCUACCUUGUGGAUCACUUUACCCCCAACAGCAACCAUGAGAGAGACUUCCUGAACUGCAAAUUCACCACAGAGAGAUUCCUCCAGGACUCUGAGAUGGAGAAAGGCAGUGACUAUGAAUCUAUAGAGGUACCAGACAAUUACACGGGGCCACGCCUCUCCUUCCCACUCCUUCCUGACCACGCAACUGCCCUGGUGGAAGCUUUCAGACUGAAACAACAGCUCCAUGCUCGCUAUGUCUUGAAUCUUUUGCAUGAAACCCGGAAACACCUGGUACAACUGCCAAACAUCAACCGGGUCUCCACCUGUUACAGCGAGGAGAUCACAGUGUGUGGUGACUUGCACGGCCAGUUGGAUGACUUAAUAUUUAUAUUUCAUAAGAAUGGCCUUCCAUCACCAGAGAGGGCCUAUGUCUUCAAUGGUGACUUUGUGGAUCGAGGCAAGGAAUCAGUAGAGAUCCUGAUGACUUUUGCCUUCAUGUUGGUUUACCCAAAAGAGUUCCAUCUUAACCGAGGAAACCGUGAGGACCAUAUGGUGAACUUACGAUAUGGCUUUACCAAGGAAGUGAUGCAUAAAUAUAAGACACAUGGCAAGAAAAUACUAAAAAUACUGCAGGAUGUUUUCUGUUGGCUUCCUCUGGCUACUCUGGUUGAUGAGAAAGUCCUGAUUCUUCAUGGCGGAGUGUCAGACAUGACUGACCUGGAGCUUUUGGCUAAACUAGACAGGCACAAGAUCGUUUCCACCCUGUGGCGCAAAACGAGAAAGCAGAAGGGGAAGCAGCCUGCGAAAGAGAAGGCCGCCCCGACAAGCCACGCAGAGAGACCCGCCCCGUGGCUUCUGCCCCAGAGCUGCUCUCUGCCCACUUGGCCCCUCCACCUGGGCUCCCCCGGGCGGCACCGAACCAGCCGCUCCUCCAGCAUCCCCUGCAGCCGUCCGGUCGAGCCCCUCGAGCUGGCCCCACGCGGAGGGAGCUCUGCGGACCUGGGGCGGGGGUGCCGGCAGCAGGCAGGCCUCCCCAAGAGCCGGGCCGGAGGGGCGCCCCCGCUCUUCACGCCAGAAGCAGGCCCAGAGGCCGAGGAGCCCCUGCAGGCCACGCAGGAGGAGUGGAAGCAGGUGGUCGAUAUACUGUGGAGCGAUCCCAUGGCCCAGGAGGGCUGCAAAGCCAAUACCGUUCGAGGAGGAGGCUGUUAUUUUGGACCUAAUGUAACAGAACAGUUGCUACAGAAAUACAACCUGCAGUUCCUGAUCCGCUCCCACGAGUGCAAGCCUGAAGGCUACGAGUUCUGCCACAGGCGCAAGGUGUUAACAAUCUUUUCUGCCUCCAACUACUAUGAAGUUGGCAGUAACAGAGGGGCCUAUGUCAAACUGGGACCGGCCCUGACCCCAUACGUCGUGCAGUAUCAAGCUAAUAAGGAGACCCACAGGCUGACUAUGAGGCAAAGGAUUAGCAGAGUAGAGGAGUCAGCUCUGAGAUCUCUGCGGGAAAAGUUAUUUGCUUCUUCUUUGGAUCUUCUUGGUGAAUUUAAGAAGCAUGAUGCAGAUAAAACUGGUUUAAUCACUCUUAGUGCCUGGGCAGAAGCUGUGGAGUCUGUGCUGCAUCUAGGACUGCCAUGGCUCAUGCUGAGGCCUCAGCUGGUGAACAGUUCAACAGAUAACACAUUGGAGUACAAGUCCUGGCUGGAGGACUUGGCCAAAGAACAACUGAGCCGUGAGAACAUACAGUCAAGUUUGCUGGAAACAUUGUAUCGAAACCGAUCCAACCUAGAGGCCAUUUUUAGGAUCAUAGAUAGUGAUCAUUCAGGGUUCAUCUCACUGGAUGAGUUCAGGCAGACUUGGAAGCUAUUCAGCUCUCAUAUGAACAUUGACAUCACAGAUGACUGCAUCUGUGACCUUGCCCGGAGCAUUGACUUCAACAGGGAUGGCCACAUCGACAUCAAUGAGUUCCUGGAGGCUUUCCACAUUGUGGAGCAAUCCUCCACAGAGGGUGAUACUUCAGACUGCCCCCAAGCCACAAACACAGAUAACAGUGGCUGCAGCAAACCAAGCAAACACUAA